AUGCGCUGUGCGGGUAAGGAGGUGUACGGCAAGUUUAUGGACAUCUAUCGCAAGCAAACCUUAGAUCUCCCCGUUCCACGCUCGUGCAAGUCAAUGUUUCAUUUCGCGAAAGAAUUGGAUUGCGAGAGCUUGCAAACACUCGCCUUGAACCAUCUGAAGGAGCAGCUGUCGAAAGAGACGAUCCUGACUGAACUCUUCAGCGAAUUUACUUCGCACCAUGAGGAAGUGCAGAAGGCAGUAUUCUUAAGGAAUACUAGGGAGAUUUGA